UCUUUACCUGCCCUACCUAAACCUAAGUGGCUGUUAGCCGUGUACGCCAGGGAUGUUCUGGGCUGACUGCACGAGGUCAAAGCCAAAAUUACAUCUGUCUUGGGCUGUGUUCUAAAGAUGGACUCCACAAAGAAGGUCACAAAGAAACUUGCCGGUGCUGCUGCAGGAACAGCUGCCUGGUGCACAAAUGUAGGAAACGAACACGGCCAAGUCCUUGUCUCUGUGCUGACAGCCGCAGAGGGACAUGGACUGCACCCUAUGGCAGCUGGCCUAAUGAAACGCUACCGGGAGGCAGGAGAGGCAGCCCCGAAAGUGAUGUACGUGGACAGAGAUUGCUGCAGUCUUCAUGGCAAGUCUCAGGUGAAGGUCAUGUUUUCGGAGUGGGAUGAGCUUAAGGUGCGCCUUGACAUCUGGCAUUUCAUGCGGCGAUUUGCUGCAGGUGUCACGACAGAGGCUCAUCCGCUCUACGGGACCUUCAUGGCACGUCUGUCCAUGUGCAUCUUUCAGUGGGAUUCAGAUGAUGUGGCUGCUCUUCACCGUGCAAAGGAGGGUGAGCUGGCAGCAAAGAAGGCCGGCCACAUCUCAGGAAAGGCGCUGAGUUCCCGCAUUACCCGGAGAGAGUUGGCACUGCACUGCCGGAGGAGGACCAGGGGUGUGGAGGAGACCACCAGAUUAAUUGGAUCUCUGGUUGAUCUGUUUGACAGUGCGAGUGGUAAAGACACUCUGGGAGUUCCUCUGCUGGACCAUGAACGGAUCCAGCAGAUAUGGAAAGAACAGCGGAAGCACGUACAGUGUAUCCAAGACCCAGAGAACUUUCCCCUCUACAUGAAGACAGGGACACUGAAGAAAGGCAGUGUGGAGCUGUGCUGCUACAGAUGUGCCCGUGGCUCUACCUCUUUGGAGUCAUUCCACCUCCACCUAAACCAUUUUAUUCCAGGAACCAGUGCCAGUGAUUCACAUUUUCAGGCCUAUCUUCUUGAGGGCUUGAUGCGCUGGAAUGAUGACAGGAUGGAAGAUGCCAUAAAAGGAGCGUCCUCCAUCCGGACAUAUGGCAGUGCCAUGAAAGAGGCUGUGGACAAGCUUUCCCGAACUGUCUUCGGAAAGCCCUGGGAUGAGCGCUAUCGCCCUCCUGGAGCAUAUACAGGUGAAUUGCUAGGAAUGGAGUACCUUUACAGCCAGACUGGCAAAACACUUACUCCAGUGCUCCAGAACCCAGAGGAGGAAGACAGGCUGGUGGAGGAAGUUGAUGAUCAGGACCUGCAAGAUGAGGGGUUUGAGGAAGAGAUCAUGGAGGACAUCACAGUUCCAGUGCUGUAUGAGGAUGACCCUUGCCGUGAUCUUGAAAACAGCCCCUCAUCUUUGCCUCUGCAUCAGUCCCCAGCAUCGAUGGCUGAUGUGUCACUGGCUGAGCCGUCCACAUCAUCAUCUCCUGGUGGAGAACAACAGCAUCUUGCCCCUGCCCCUUCAGUACUGUCACAGUCAUCUGACACUGGAAGCAGUAUUUCCGACGAGGCUCAGGGAGCAGUCAUUGGACCAGAUGGCAUCGCUGGGUGGGACAAGGUCCAGGAUUUGGCUGGUUACCUGGUGGGUCUUCGUGAGGCUCCUUACCUUACUGACCAGCAGGUGACAGAGGCCAUCCAGCUGUGGACAGCUCUCCUAGAUUUCGAUAAGCAGCGGAUCAACUAUCAGCCUCGACAUCAGCCUCAGCUGACACAGGGGCGCUAUAAGGCACCGAAGCGGUCUGGAGUCACACCAGGUGUGGAGAGUGUGAAACGGUGUCUGAUUGGACAUCCUGGGGGUCCAGCGCAGUGGCCCGACGCCAACCGCUUGGUUAAUACCAUUUGUAUGAAGUUGUGUGCUUUACACAAGUCGCCAACCAAGAAAGAUGGAGUUUGCACCCCCAGGUGGUCUAAAGUUCUUUCAGAUUACCACCACAUCCGAGAGUUGGUGCUUAACAAUCCCACUCUGAUGGAUGAAACAACGAUCCAGCUGUUUGAGAUAAACCAUAGGACACUCACUCAGUGGUUUCGUAAGUGGAAGAAUAGACAGGAAAUGGGCGUCCUCGGUCAGGGUCUGACUCCAUCUAACCCAAUUGCUGUGGCUGAUACGCACCUGCCUCCACCGAGGGAAAAAUUGAAUGAAGUGCCAUCGACAUCAGGCCCAAAACAUCAAUUUUUCCUUCCACCAAAUCGUGAAGGACAGGCUCCUCUUCUGCGACCAGGUCGAAAGCCAGCUGCUGCCACCAGGGAGUUUCCCAUUGCAUCCGCCCCCACAGCAUCAGGAGUUGUGCAGCCCAUCGCACCUGCCCCCACAGCAUCAGGAGUUAUGCAGCACAUUUUGGCCCCCAUCGCACCCGCCCCCACAGCAUCAGGAGUUGUGCAGCCCAUUUUAGCACCCAUCGCACCUGCCCCCACAGCAUCAGGAGUUAUGCAGCACAUUUUAGCACCCAUCGCACCCGCCCCCACAGCAUCAGGAGUUGUGCAGCACAUUUUAGCACCGGGGUUGUCGUUUGGCACGGUAGUCUUUAAUCCAGACAUGACUGUGUCAGUGGUGAUUCCACCUUCUGGUGCUUCGACAUCCAGUGCAGUCCCAGCUCCGCCUGCUUGUGCUAAAAUGUAUGCGUAUCCUGUUUUUCAACCCCAAUCAGCAACAUCAAGCCGACUCCUCAUGGCACCAUCAGCAGAGGCAAAGCACCUAGAAAAGCUUGAGUCCGGAAGGGCCAAAAGUAAAGAGGAGGUGCUGGCAGAGGCUAGAGCUUUUGUCAGCACAAAUGGUGGAGACCCCAGUGACCAGUUUUUUGUACUCGCUCACUGCAAACUUCAGUUUGGGAAGUACCAGGGCCAGCGAUUUAGAUGGCUCCUGGAAAACUCUCUGGGUUCCAGUGAGAAAGCCCAUCCAACCCCGCUGUCAGAAAACAAACAGCUGUACCUGGAGAAUACUUCUCUUAUUAGAGAGAUGGCAGAAGAAGCGGAGAAGUAUAAGAGAAAGCAGGAAAUGCAAGCAGAAGCCCAUGCAACUGGAGACCAAGGCUGCUUGAUGGUGGAGUUUGGUGACUUCCAGGGACGGUCCAUGAAGGAUGUUUAUGAGGACCAGAGCAAGCAGUCCCAAGCCCUCAUCAGGUACCUGGUAAAGGCAAAUCCCAACCCCAACACAAACAACACAGAGUCCUGUUCUGACUGUGGUAAGCACAAACUUACAGCCGCAGGACUUUACCGUACCGUGCGCAAAGUCUUGGACAUCGACAGUUGGUAUGAUCUUGCCACUGAGUAUCUGGAGUGUAAAAAGAAAUAUCCCGCCUGGUCCGAGGACAUUUUAGGGCAACUGGAUAUGGGCCACCGCAGUCAAUUUCCAGCUUUGCUGACAUACAGAUACUCAUGUGACAACCGGGUGCUGAGGAUGAUGAGGGAGAGGACACAGGGCAACAGCGUGACUCAGCUGUACAAGAAGCUCAUGGAAAAACACAGUGAGGCAUGGACACAACGUGUCCUUCAGUACCUCACUGCCUGUGAACCAUUUACAAGGUCCUCCCUUGUGCAGCCACCUGUGUUUGCCGAGCCUACCUCUUUACCUGCCCUACCUAAACCUAAGUGGCUGUUAGCCGUGUACACCAGGGAUGUUCUGGGGUGA